GCUUCCCGGAGCCUGCGGGCCAGCCCAAAGGGCUCUCGCGGGGGUGCGGAGGAAGGGCUGAAGCCAGGGCCGUAGCCCAGCCAGGUCUCCGCGGCGGCCCGCCCGCUCCCAGUCCGGGUCGGCAAGCCAGCUGCGCCGCGUAACUAGCCGGAGGAGGAGGAGGAGGUGCCGGAGAUGCCUGGCUCGGCCUACCUAUAAUCGCCCGGCGGAGGGCGAACCGGCUGCAACUCCUCCCCGGGAUCCCUCGCUCCACAUCUGUUACCUGGAGAGCGCCGGGCGCAUGGAUGGAUUCCCAACGGAAGAAGAAACGGACCGGCUUCACCAUCGGGCUGCUUUUCCUAUCCGGAGGGAUCGAGUAUGCGGUGAUCCUGCCAACCAUUUGGGCUUAUCUGCAAAAGCUUAAUGCUGAACCGUACUACUUGGGCCUGGCUCUCUCUGCCUUUAGCUUUGCUGGAUUAAUCACAGGUCCCUUCUUUGGAUACUGGUCCGAUCGCACCCAUCGGACCAAGGGGAGCAUCAUGUUUGCCAACUUGUUUCAGAUAGCAGGAAACUUCAUGUACUUCAUUGGCGGCUCCAAAUGGAUGCUUCUCAGCAGCCGACUAGUAGCAGGUGUGGGAACUGGGGCAGGGGCCUCCAUCUUCGGCUACCUCACCCGUUCCACCACUUCGCAGGAGAGGUCCAAGGUCUUUGCGGCCGUCAUGGCAUGCCGCCAGGUUGGCCUGCUUAUUGGGCCAGCAUGCAACCUUUUCCUUCGCCUCUGCAACUUCCAUCUGGGGCCCUUUGUGGUCAAUAAGUUUACAUCUCCUGGGCUCUUCAUGUGCCUGGUGUGGAUCCUGCUUCAAAUUAUUGUGAUGACGAUGUACUACGACAUUCAGCCACCGACUCAGACUGCAAGGAGCAUCACAGCGGUGCAGCAGGGUGCCCUGGAAGAGGAGCAGAAGCCCCUGAUAGGGCAUGAGGGCGGCCAAGGAGAGGCCAGGAGAGGGAGCUGCUACGGCAGCACUCCUGUGGCACUGCCACAAUCUUCCCUCGGUGACGAAUGCCGUUAUGUGCCCAAUGGACACUUGGCAGAUGACGAAUUGGCUGAAGAAGACAAGAACCCCUUCCAUCACUUUAGCUCUGUGAAAGAAUAUUUGCGGGAGGAAGUGGUGGUUCUCCUCACCGCCCAGUUCAUUACUCUCUUCAAUCAAACGGCGCUGGAGACUAUGGUGACUCCAAUUACACAGAAGUAUUUGAACUUUGGGGAACUGGAGAACAGCAUCAUGUAUUUCCUGUGUGGUGUGGAGGUCAUCGCUGGCUUCUUCCUGGUGCGCUUUCUCAGCACCUGGCUCUCCGAUCGGAUCAUCUUGCUCUUAGGCCUGGUCAUCUGCAAUGUGGCCUGUGUCUGGUGCCUGCUGUUUUUGGCAAAACCCCAGGGUACCUUUGCUGUCCUCCUCACGGAGCUGAUCAUAGGUGUCUUCUUGCAGAUCUUGGGCCUACCCUUCGUUGCCGUCUCCCAAGUGUCGCUCUUUUCUAAAAUCACAGCAGAGAGAACCCAAGGAUUCAGCCAGGGUCUCCGUCGCUCCGUUGGGGGAAUCGCCACCAUCCUUGGUCCUUUGUGGGCGGGAGGAUUGACAGAUAAUCUGUACAUCAUGCUAGGUGUGAUGAUGGGGCUCCUCAGCCUAUUGAUGGUCAUGGUGGGGCUAUCCUACAAAUAUCUGGUCGAGAUCCCGAGUCAACCCCCUUGGCCACGAACAACCCAGGAGGAGUCCAACUCGUGAGGAUCCGAUGAGUUUCUCUUGGAGGGACGGAGAAGCUCAUACCCACCCCACCCCCGCCCCCCAGGAGAAGGAAUUGCCAGCCAGCUGGCCACUCCAGGAAAACUACUUUGGCUUUCAAAUUCCAGAUUCGGGAAGGUCAGGAGAAGCUCUGUCCACCUUCGAGAUGGAGGAGUCAGAUGGAAUUUGUUUGGUCUCAUCUUUCCACCAGGAUAUUCCUCUCACUCCCCCAACCCUUCAGUUGAGUGAAGAUCCAUGCAAAUCUCACGUCCAGUUU